AUGGUUGGAGUUAUAGGAUCGGGUUCUACACCCCCAAAACCCCCAAGAUUCCCUACCCUAAAACUUCUAGCCAUACGAUCCGUCCUCCAAUGGAAUAAGAAGCCGGAGCUGGUUGGAGAAACCCCUCGCGUGGUCGUCAUAACCUCCGGCACGGGCGGCGUCGGCAAGACGACGACCACCGCGAAUGUCGGGCUCUCCCUCGCCCACCUUGGCUUCUUCGUCGUGGCCAUCGAUGCCGAUGUCGGCCUCAGCAACCUCGACCUCCUCCUCGGCUUCGAGAACCACGUUAACUACACCGUCGUUGAGGUCCUCAACUGCGACUGCUGCCUCGACCAGGCCUUCAUCAGGGACAAGCACUGGUCCAAUUUUGAGCUCCUUUGCAUUUCAAAACCUAGGUCGAAACUCCCCAUCGGCUUCGGUGGCAAAGCCCUAAUCUGGCUCGUCGAUGCCCUCAAGUCCCGCCAAGAAGGCUGCCCUGACUUCGUCAUCAUCGAUUGCCCCGCCGGCAUCGACGCCGGAUUCAUCUCCGCCAUUACUCCGGCCGCCGACAUUGGCUGGGUUGGCUUUUGA